AGAAAUGAAAUUAUUUCCUUCAUCAAAAAGGACUUUUCAAAAUCGUCAUGAGUAGUCAAAAUUUGUUGGUUUUGCUAGUGAUUUCAUUUAUUCUAAUUUAUAACUGCCGUGGACAUGCUUUUGAAAAUGCAUCUCUUACCUCCUUAAAUCGUGGUAAACGCCUAUCCGAUGCCGAUUUCGAUGACGAUGCGAUUGAAUUAUCAAAGUUUUGUGUAUCUCUAAGGUCGCGAACUGCCGACAAAUUCUUUGGGGACAAUCAUUUCUGCUCAGGCGUUAUCCUGGCUCCAAUGUUCGUCAUGACCUCCGCGCACUGUUUGAUAAACAAACGAAGGGUUUUGAUAUCCAGUCGAGUCCUGCUCAUUGUGGCUGCGACUCUCAAUCGGCUGAAAUACAUUCCGAGCAGGACAUUUGUUACUCCUGUAUCGCAGAUUUGGUUGCCCGAUAGCUUCACAAUGCGCAAUAAACAGGAUUUCGGACUGUUGAAGGUGGAGAAGCCGUUCCCAAAUCACAAUGAGCAUAUUUCCAUAGCUAGAUUGCCCGUUCAUCCGCCGCUGCCAGGUCUGAAAUGUAAAGUCAUGGGAUGGGGUCGAAUGUAUAAGGGUGGUCCUCUUGCCUCGCAUAUCCUGUACAUCGACGUGGAGGUGAUAGAUUCCAAGAGGUGCGCCAGGAUGCUGGGUGUCAAACACAUGGAGUUCGUGUGCGCCGUGGACAAUGAUGAUCGUACUGCCCAGCAGCCGUGUGGCGGGGAUUGGGGUGCUCCAAUGAUGAACAACGGCACGGUCUACGGAAUCGUGACUGUUCUCUCCGGAUGUGGCAUCAGCAACUUGCCAUCCCUGUACACCAAUGUGUAUAGCAAUGUGAAUUGGAUCACCGAAAAAAUGAUCAGCAGUGCAGGUAGCCUCCUACUUGUCCCAGCCUUCAUUCGAUACCUUAUUAUUGCACUCAUGUAUGUGACACCUUUUUGUAAUUUUCUAAUGCAAUUUAAAAUAUCUAAGUGUGUAUAG